AUGGACGAAUCACUCAUUAAAAAGACCGCUGGUUUAUCCCUUGACGAUGAACCUGUCAUCGUUGAAUAUCCUACUCCCAGAACUGUAUCUACAACCAAGAAAGUAAAGAGUGCCAAAACAAAGAAAGAAAAAACCAAAAGGAAAAAGGAAAAGAAGAAAGGGAAGUGGAAGUGGAAGAAACAGAAUAUAAAAAGAUCCGAAUUCCAAGGUGUUGCUCUUGAUCCAACCCUUGUUGGUAAGAUUUUAGAUAAGAUUGAAACAGCCGUACAAAGACUGGCGAAAAAGAAUCAAGUUGAAAUUGAAAUAAAAUUUGGUAAAAUGAUGGGAAGAAAUUCAGAAGCAAGAUUAGCCCUUGGCGGUAAACCACGUCCAAGAAUAAUUCAUAAAUUAGCAUUUGGCCAUUUUGAUUCUGAUAUUGGACUUCAUCAUUUCAGAAAAGUUUGUAAAUCAAUUGAAGAAUCCCAGGGUCCUGAUCCUACUUUCGUUGAUUCAAGAAGAAAAGAUACUUAUCAUGCAACAAAAACACAAAUGUUUGUUAAUUCUAAGAAUUUGAAAGACUCAACUGAAAUUUGCUAUAAAAAGAGAAUUCUUGGUGAUUUCUACAUAUACAACCCAACGGGCGAAUUUGAUUUCAAAUUUUUAAUCUCAGAGAGAAUUAUCAAGAACGAAGAAGAAUCAGAACGUAUCAAGACAUACCGUCGUUUGUUUACCAGACUGAAAAGAAGAAGAAACUGGUAUGAAACAAGCACUGGGAAUGUGCUUUCCACUUCUAUUAUUAAACUAGAUCCUGCAGUGAGAAAUCACCGUUAUGAAUUCGAAAUGAGAGUUGAUUCCCAACCAAUUGUGUUAUCAGCUUUACAUGGUUUGGGAGAUGGGUUUUACCAAGAUUUCCAUAGUAAACUUCUUGGUGUUUUGUAUACAGCAGAUGAAAUUAAUGAGAGUUUAUAG